AAUCUCGCCUCUCAGACGGGCGUUGCCGCGAUCGGCCAUUUCGCGGCCGACUGGGCGCGGCGCAUCGGCGGGCUGGCCUUCGAGGCCGGGCAGCUGGCGGCGGCGGCAGAGCAGCUGGGCGGCACGCGCAUCCUUCUGCUCAUCAUCUUCCUGGUGGGCGUGCUGGCCGGCUGCUGCUGCUGCGCGACCUGCACGCUGGAGGACUAUCAGAGCCGCCUGUUGCUGCGCCUGUGCGACGCCGACGAGUUCGAGCACGAGCUCGGGACACCUCCGACGAGUCCGACGAGCCCGCUGUGGAUGGCGGCGACCCCGGACGAGGACAUCUACCCGCACGAGCUCGAGGUGCCUCCGCUCCACGCGAUGGUGCCGUGCGAUCGGACGGGCCAGCCGCUUUGGCGCGAGCGGAUCGGCGGGGACGGCCGCCGGCUACCCCGCCCGUGCUACGGCGCCCAGUGGCAUCCCUCGCCCCUCGAGUUCAUGGAGCUCCUCGGGUCCUGCAACGCGAGGCCGGAGGGGGAGGAGGUGGCGCUGGCAGCGCCGCCGGAGGGGCCGCCGCGGGUGGAUGGGACAGCGACUCCUUCUGACGGGCUCGCCCGGGGCUCAGGGAAGCUGGUGGCGAGUGAGAACAGGCGGUGGCUGAUCACCGCUAGCGAGGACGACAGCGACGUGAACGUGCUGGCCGACUUCGACGCUUGUGAGUGGUACGCGGUGUGCGACUCCCUCGCGGUCGUGAAGGCGGGCGGCAAGGUCUACCUGGCCAAGGCGGUGACGGAGAAGCAGGCGGAGAGCUCGAUGGAUGCGCGCGUCAUGCCCAUCCUGCACGGGCUCGACGGCGAGAGGCGGCGCGUCUUCAAAGACGCCGUGCGGGGGAUGUCGGAGACGCCCUGGACGGGGUGGCCUGUGAAGGGCCCCCGCACCGCGCUGUGGUGCGUCCGCUUCUUGGCGGAGCAAGACUCGCAUCCGCGCGCCCGCCACACCAAGUGGCGCGCGGAGUGCGGCCUCGGGGCGGCCGACGUCGGCGUCUCCGACCACGAGCUGGCGAUGCGGGCACUGGAGCUGGGCGCCGGCUUUGACCAGCUCAACUUGACGGAGCUGGCGCUGGUGGAGCUCCUCGUCCGCCGCGCUCAGCUGGCGGAGUGGAGGCACCGCGAGCGGCUGCUGAAGAGCAGUGGCGACGAGUACCUGGAGGACGAGUACCUGUACAUGGGGACCUCGGAGACGAGGGGGCUUCUCAUGGUGUGCCCGACGCUCGUCGAGCACAUCCAGGCGGAGCUGCACAAGGAGGCGACGCUCAUGAAGGAGAAAAGGAAGCUCCGCGAGGAGCGGAUGCUGUCGCGGGGCCAGGGCUCUGGCGGCGGCGGCGGCGGCGGCAACAAGGCGCUGCAGGACAAGGUGGCCGCGCAGGCCGCGGAGAUCAGCAAGCUCCAGGCGAAGUUGAAGGGCCCCCAGACCGGCAGCAAAGCGCGGCAGGGGCAGUACGCCGCGCAGUGGCUCUCAGAGGCUUUGCACGCAGUGAAUUCGCUGUACGGGCAUGGGGCUCCUCGUCGGGAUCUUCAGGCUUCGUGCGCCCAGCUCGCUGGCAUCGACCACGUCCGCGAGAUCAUUCAGGAGGCCGGGCCUCCACCUUUUUCAGGAGCGGCAGCCCAUGCUGAGCUGUGCUCUCACUUGCCGGGAUAUGCAGAAGACACCGUGCGCCGAGCCUCCUACACCGAGGGGCUGGUCUCCCUGCCGACCGCUGGCGGGCAGUGCGUUGGCGCUGACUGCUUGACAGGUCGUGCCCGCGAGUUGUGGGUAGGAUGGCAGAAGCAUCUUCUUCGCGAAGGAGGGCCGCCCGAUGGUCCUCGUCUUCGCCCUUUCUCCGACCCGAAAUUAGUGCAUUGCAUGAAGACCUACUCUCGAGUUGUUGGUGAGUUGCUGAGCCGAGGCCUGAUCGACCUCGGCGAGCGGACCGAGAGCACGGUGGGCAUCUUCUUCGUUUUCAAGAGCGACAAGCGGUCCCUCCGCAUGAUCGCGGACACGCGGGUGGCGAACAUGCGGUUCCGGCCCCCGGCAUAUUCGGAGCUGCCGACGGCUGGGGCUUGGAGCAGCUUGGUCGUGCCAGAAGGCAAGUCCCUCCACUUAGCCCAGAUGGACGUGGAUAACGCGUUCUACAGGAUCGCCACGCCGCCUGGGCUACGCGAACAUUUCGUGCUCCCCGCGGUUGACCUCGAGGUGCUCCGGGCCGAGAGGCCCGACCUGGCGGGGCAGCUGCCCGCCUGGCGGAAGGCGUCGCCUCGGCUGGUGGUCCUCGCAAUGGGCUGGAACUGGAGCCUCUUCUUCUGCCAGCAGAUGGUGGAGACGCAGGUGCUCCGCAGCGGCCUGGCCUGGGAGCGGCUGGCGCGGGACCGACACCCCACUCCUGCUCUCGAGGAGGGGCCUGCCGCGGCCGUCUACGUCGACGGUGCUGCCGUGGUCGGGCUCGACUACGCCGAGACCCUGGAGACGGGGCAGCGGGUGCGCGACUCGCUGGACGCUGCGGGCCUGACCUGCAAGGGGCUCGAGGGGCCCAGUGCAGAGGCAACGUUCACCGGCCUGGUGUUUGACGAGGCGAAGGGCCGCGUUGGGCUCAGUCGCCGGCGCAUGUGGCGCAUCCGGCUGAGCCUGCUGCACGUCGCGGACCGCGGCUCGGCGACCGGCGACGAGGUGCGGGUGCUCCUCGGCCACUUCACGUGGGGCGCGCUGGUGCGUCGCGAGCUGCUGUCGAUCUUCUCGGCGGCCUACCGGUUCGCGACCUGGGCCGGUGGGCGGCGGCGCCGCCUGUGGAGCGCCGUGGAGGCCGAGCUUCGCAUCGCCGCAGCGCUCGUCGUGUUCGGCUACGUGGACUGCCGCCGCCGGCCAGACCCCGUGGUGCUGGCGACCGACGCCUGCGGGGCCACGGACGCCGAUGCUGGCGGGUUCGGCGUGGUGAGCCGCGCCUGGGACCCGCGUGACGUCGGCCGUGCCUGUGCGCAGGCCGAGCGGUGGCGCUACCGCGUCUCCGAGGCAGUCUCAGCUCGGGCGCACGCUCUCGGGCUGUCGGAGUGCCCGCCUGCCGCCUCUCUAUCGUGUGCUGGUAAAAGUUCGUGUCCGCCUUCGGGUACGCCUCUUGCGAGGACUCCGCCGCCUGCCUCGGACUUCGACCGGGCGUUCGGGGACAUGUACUCGGGGACCGUCUCGUUCGAGCAGAUCACAUCAGAGCACGUCGGCAGUUUCGAAUCGUGGCAGCUCCGGGUCAAGGGCAGGUUCAACCGAGCCGAGAACAUCAUCCGUCUCGAGGGGCACGGGCUCGUGAUCGGCAUUCGGCACCAUCUUCGAGCCGUCUCGCGGCGGGGGCGCAAGCUGCUCAUGUUGUGCGACAACCUGGGCCUCGUCUUGGCCCUGGGGAAGGGCCGGGCGGCCGCUCCCAUCGUGAACAGGACGUGCCGCGAGGCCGCCGCGUUAAGCAUCCUUGGGGACAUGUCGGUGACCGUCCGGUGGGUCCCCUCGGAGCUCAAUCCCGCCGACCGUCCGUCUCGCAUGGCCGGCGCCUCGGCUCGAGACCCGCGCGCCGACCCUCGGAGCGCCAGCUUCGACCCCGCGGCGGCGCCGCCCUGCGACGCG